AUGAGUAUCCACACAGUUGCAAAGGCAGAUAACUAUGUUGUUGGUGAAGUUGGCAAGUUCAGUGGCCUCGACAAGUUCGAGAAUGGCAAAGCAUUCCUCGGUCAGGCUCUCGGUCUUACAUCUAUGGAAGUUUCCAUCACAAAGUUCAAACCAGGAACUGCAGUUCCAUUCUUCCAUGAUCACAAGAAUCAUGAAGAAGUCUACAUCAUUGUCUCCGGUGCUGGUGAGUUCCAGCUCAAUGACAAAGUUGUCAAAGUUUCCGAAGGAAGUGUUGUCCGUAUCUCUCCAGGUGUCUCAAGAAACAUCAAGAAUACAGGUAAGACUGACUUGAUUGUUAUCUGUGCACAAGCAGAGAGAGACUCUAUUAAGGCACCAUUUACAGAAGACUUCAUCAUGACAAAGACUGAUGCUAAGUUCUCUAAGUAA